AUGGCAUCAGGCUAUGGCCUUAAUGGCGGCCCGUCGCGCUGCUUUCCUUUCUGGCAAGAACUCCUAGGUUGCUACGUGGUUAAUGCGGGGGAUGGUGAGGCCGGAAAGAAGAAAUGUGUCCCAGCAUUGGAAGACUACUACGAGUGUUUGCAUCAUAGAAAGGAGAUUGCGCGAAUGCGGGCGAUGCAACAGGCAUACCGAAAGGCGGAAGCGUCACAUCCUAGAGAGAAUGCGCCAAAGGCGGAACAAAUCAGUUCGUUAGGAUUACUGGGCAAGGAUGAAGAAUCCAAGGCGAUACUGGCGGCGACCCGAUGA